CCUGCCUCCUGGCAGCAAGGAGCCACCCAGCAGCCGGUCUGUGAUUGGGCAGGGGAGCGGGGUUCUUGACAGCGCAAUGCUGCCUGCUCCAAGACGUGUUUCAACAGAUGGUCGAGGUUAGAGAGUGUCAUCACAUUGGAGAGAGGAUUAGAGGAGAGAGGUUGUCUUCCAGGAGCUGUGUGGUCCCCCCCUAACCUAAAAAACCAGCAACAAGACAGAAACCCUUCUAUGAGCAGAGGGAGACCCAGUGAAGAAGCGCCAGGAGGAAACUCAGGAGAGGAACCCUAGCCUUGCCUCUCUCACUCAACCAGCUCUCUGCUCCCCUGCCGUUCAGGCUGUGAGACCUGCACGGAUGUGAGUGGGUGGCCUAGCUGGACGUCUUCCCUCCCUUCACCUCACCAGUAAUUGUCUUAUCUAUUCGUUACGUGGCCUGCCGCCUCGGGCACCAUGCUGAUGCAGUGGCUGGCCUGGAUGGCCCUCCUGUCCCUAGACUGGGCUUCAGGCAACUGGGCCUUCACCACCACCAGGGCUCAGGGCCUUAGGGGUCGCAUCCAGAGAGACCGCAGAAACAUCCGGCCCAACAUCAUUCUGAUAAUGACUGAUGACCAGGACGUUGAGUUGGGUUCUCUACAAGUGAUGAACAAAACCCGCAAGAUCAUGGAAGACGGCGGCACUUCUUUCACCAAUGCCUUUGUCACCACACCUAUGUGCUGCCCCUCACGGUCGUCCAUGCUGACGGGGAAGUACGUCCACAACCACAACACCUACACCAACAAUGAGAACUGCUCCUCUCCUUCGUGGCAAGCUCAGCACGAGCCGCGCUCAUUUGCGGUCUACCUCAAUAACACCGGCUACAGGACAGCCUUUUUUGGGAAGUACCUCAACGAGUACAAUGGCAGCUACAUCCCACCUGGGUGGCGUGAAUGGGUUGGGCUGAUCAAAAACUCUCGUUUUUAUAACUACACUGUCUGUCGAAAUGGAUUCAAGGAGAAACACGGUGCGGAUUAUUCCAAGGACUAUUUUACAGAUCUGAUCACCAACGACAGCAUUAACUAUUUCCGCGUGUCCAAGAAGAUGUACCCCCAUCGUCCUGUGAUGAUGGUGAUCAGUCACGCUGCCCCUCACGGCCCAGAAGACUCGGCACCCCAGUAUGCAGAGCAUUUUCCGAAUGCUUCACAGCACAUCACUCCGAGCUACAACUAUGCUCCGAACAUGGACAAACACUGGAUCAUGCAGUACACAGGACCCAUGAGACCCAUUCAUAUGGAGUUCACCAACUUUCUCCACCGGAAAAGGCUGCAAACACUCCUGUCUGUUGAUGACUCAGUACAGAAGGUUUUUGACAUGCUGGAGGAAACUGGAGAGCUGGAGAACACUUACAUUAUCUAUACAGCUGAUCACGGUUACCACAUUGGUCAGUUUGGCUUGGUGAAAGGCAAGUCAAUGCCUUAUGACUUUGACAUCCGUGUGCCAUUUUUCCUUAGAGGACCUAAUGUGGAGGCAGGAGCAGUAAACCCUCAUCUGGUGCUGAAUAUUGACCUUGCUCCCACAAUUCUCCACAUCGCUGGGCUGGACACCCCUUCAGACAUGGAUGGAAAGUCCAUCCUUAAACUGCUGGAACAGGAAAGGACUGGCAAUAGAUUCAAACCCAACCGGAAACCCAAAGUCUGGAGGGACACAUUCCUGGUGGAGCGAGGCAAAAUCGUGAGGAAGAAGGACGAUUCGACGAACACGCCGCACACCAACAAUCUGCCCAAGUACAAGAAGGUCAAAGAAGCCUGCCAGCAGGCUGAAUUCCAGACGCCCUGUGAACAGCCUGGACAGAAAUGGCACUGUGUGGAGGAGAUAACAGGGAAGUGGAGGAUACAGAAGUGCAAAGGUGGUUCGAAAGAAGGCUCCAGGAAACGGGUGCGCAGUCUAAAGCCCCGUGGCAGUUAUGACCGAGAGAGGGCCUGCGACUGUGGGGACGCUGCAUUCAAAGCUUCCAGAACAGAACGGCGCUCUCACCGACAGUUCUCCUCAUCGGGCCAGCGUUAUCGACCGCGCUUCGUCCAUACCCGGCCAACCAGGUCUCUGUCUGUGGAGUUUGAAGGUCAGAUUUACGACAUUGACCUCCAAGCAGACGAUCAGUCGGCUGUUCAGCGCCGCGCCAUCUCAAAGCGUCACUACAGCCCAGAAAACCCAGAGGUCAGCUUGGGGACCGAUGACGAUUCAGAGGAAAUGCUGGCAGAUGAUGGGAAUGCUGUGGGAUACCCAAACUCUGUCAAAGUCACACACAAGUGUUAUAUCUUGGUGAACGACAGUGUGCAUUGUGAAAGGGAGAUCUAUCAGUCCUCUAGAGCCUGGAAGGACCAUAAGAGUUAUGUAGACCAGGAGAUUGAAGCACUUCAGGACAAAAUCAAAAACCUCCGGGAAGUAAGAGGCCACCUGAAGAGGACGCGACCAGAUGAGUGUGACUGUGCAAAGAAGAGCUAUUAUAGCAAAGGAGACAGAAACAAGGCAGAAAGAUUGAAGAGCAGGAAUGAUCAACUUCAUCCAUUUAAGGAGGCGGCACAGGAGAUGGAGAGAAAAACACACAUGUACAACGAGAUCCGCAGAAGGAAGAAGGAACGGAAGGAGAAGAAGCGGCAGGGGAAGGGAGACGACUGCAGCCUGCCUGGCCUCACUUGUUUCACUCAUAACAAUGACCACUGGCAGACCGCCCCCUUCUGGACUUUGGGUGGAUUCUGUGCUUGCACCAGCUCUAACAACAACACCUAUUGGUGCCUGCGAACCAUCAAUGAAACGCACAACACCCUAUUCUGUGAGUUUUCUACUGGCUUUCUGGAGUACUUCGACCUCAAUAAUGACCCCUACCAGCUGACCAAUGUGGUGUAUUCAGUGGAUCGGGAGGUGCUGAACACCCUCCAUGCUCAGCUCAUGGAGAUGAGAAGUUGUCAGGGGUACAAGCAGUGUAGCCCCCGUCCUAAAGGCUUGGAUGCAGCACGCAGCCAGUAUGGGACGGACGACAGGGUUAAACUGCCCAACCUGACCGACGAGGAGGUGAACUGGCAGGGCCUGGAGGAUCUGUAUAGCAUAAACGAAAGCCUGUAUGAAAGUAGGCCCGACUACAGUCUCAGCGCAGAUAACUGGGACAACUUCCAGAUAGAUGUAGAUAAUAUGUUUGCACUGCGACACAUUUUGAACAAAUUGAACCAAACCCAUAAGCCUGAUGACGCCACCCUGCCAGAGCUGGGCUCUGGUGCUGGGGGUGGAGUCGCUGAAGAGGCCAGCGGAGAGGAGUUGUCCACAGCCAGAGACAUUUGGCCAGGCCUGGUUGCAGAGGCUCCCUUUACCUCCCCCGCCCCCAGCAAUACGCCAUCACCACCACCCACAUCCACGCCCACAGUGGGACCUGAUGCCAACAGCCUCCCUGGGAAACCUGCAGACAUUAUGCCAGCAUCUUCAGGUUCAAGGAGGAAUGGGCAUGUCUUCCAGAGUGAUGUGUGGGCACAGCAGCUGGAAGAGAUAGAGGGAGAGGUGUUCAGUGGGAAUGGACUGACGGAGCUGGAGACAGGACAUGGAAACUUGCUACUUACUCUCAACAGCCUGCAGCUGGAGCCUGGGCAGGAACACGGAGACGGAACUGAUCCACGUAACGUUGGACUGGGCCUCGACCCUGAAGAAGAGGACAUUUUCCAGGCUCAAGGCUACCUCCCUUUCUCCCCACAGACAGUGAGGCCCAAGGCGCCAGGCAGCACCACCGGGAGCCCCGCCACCACACGGAACCGCAGCCCGCAGAGCGUCGGGGUGCUGCUGCAGGCUCUGCCUCAGCCAGCACUGUCCCUCACGCUGGACUACGAGGGCAGUGGAGCUCCGCCUCAGCCCUUUGAUCAGACCCUCUGAGGCGGACGCAUGCGCCGGCCAGCUGCUGGUCGCCAUAGAGACACAUGGUCACAGUGAUAGAUGAACUUGCCCAGAGAAAGGGCGAGUGACGCCAACUCAGAGUUGUACGAGUAUUAAAAUUAAUUUUUUAUUUUUUUACAAGUGCCUACAUUUAUUAGAAAACAGUGUUAUGUUUUUCAAAUAUCUAUUUAGAAAAAAAGCCUUAAUGCAGCUAAACUUAAGCAAUGGAAUUAAAAAUGACUAAUUCCAUAUGAAUAACACCAAUGACAUUUUAAUUGCGUUUUUAUGAAAAACAAGUGCGAGUGGUGAAACCAUUACAGCGUCUGGAUGGAUAGAUCAGCAUUAGUCAGCUGUGGGUACGCUCCAGCCUUCACAGACACGUUAAUCAGAAACCCGUAUUAUCAAGACAAGGACCGAAGUGAACCCACCACUGCACUUUCACCUUUCACUUUUCCACUGUUUGCUCUUAAAAUGAGUCACGGUGUUGUCUGUUUCACAAAUUCAUCUUCACCUUUAGUUUGCUAUUGUUGUUAUGUCACUGUUUUGCAUUAAUGGGAUGCUAGUGGGGAAGUACUCAUCUGUUUAGUGAAGAUGUAAACUGAUGGGUGGGUCCUGAAUGAUCACUCACCUGAUGUGUUUGCACCAGGUCUGUCACAGUUCAGUCGCUACUAAAUGCUAGUACAGUUCAUUAUUCACUAGCUUCACACAACCAGGAGUUAAACAGGUCAGGGUGUAACAUUUAUUGUGGACAUGUCAACACUUAAUUUUGUGAUGUAUUUUGUAAUGCUGUCAUAAUGCAGAGCAUAGCAUUGCACUUGGCCGUUUAAUUUCAUGUAUCUGUAUAGUCCUUUUAAGCUGAGGAGGUGCCUGAGUUGGUAAAAUGCUCAAAGCUGUCAAGCCAAGAUGUUUGAACUUUUCUGCCAAUAGUUAAUCUACAGACCUGAUGCUGUCCUGUUCUUUCUCCAACAGUGUGUGUAGAAGUGUUAAAACAACUCUGGUUUUGGGAAAACCAUGAGAAAUAAACCCUUCGAAUGUUA